AUGACUCAGUGUGAUCAAUGUAAUAAGAAUAUUACCAAAACAAGGCCUGGCGUGGAGUGCAAUCGCUGUGAAAAAUUGGUACAUCUGAGCACAGCAUGUGCUGGUCUUACCAACAAGCAGGUAUCUGCACUACGCGCAACGGACAGCCUAGAAUGGACGUGCCAGGACUGCCACAAUCAAUCGCCAAAAAGACGUUCAAUCGUAGUCCCAGAAGAUGACGAUGAUGAACCUCGAGCAGCUUCGUCUGCUGGUAAUUUUCAAAUUGACAUUAAAAAUCUCCUGGAGGACAUUUCGAAAGAAAUGCAAAAAACUAUAAGAAGGGAAAUAAAAGACAUACAUCAGACACUCCAAUUCCAUACAGAAAAAGUAGACGAAGCCAUGGAGAACCUAGAAGCUUGUCAAAAAACCAUUAUUGAACUGAAAAAGAAAAAUAUCGAACUUACGAAUAAAAACAGUAAUUUGGAAACUAGGUUAGCAGCCAUCGAGCAACGCAUGCAAGAUAUGGAGCAACACAAGCUUGCUAUGUGUGUUGAUAUUGUUAAUUUAACCCAAAAAGACAAUGAAGAUCCUAUGGUGAUUGCUCAAGAGAUAGCAGGUAAGCUAAAACAACCUACUAGCGACGUCAUUCAUGCUGAACGUUUACCUGGCAAGAAAGAACAUCCAGGACCAAUAAGGGUUCAAUUAAAAUCACAAAUCACUCAAGACAAAUGGUUGGAGACAUACAAACAAAUAACCAAAAAAAUCCCUGUCCCUGCUGCCAAGGGAGUCAUAACGGAGCAAGCUAAAAGCGAUGUCGAAACUACUUCGCUAGGAUUUAAGUCAAUAAUAAUCAGAGAAGCUUUGACAGCCUACAACAAACACUUACUAUGGAACGCGAAGCAAGAACUUAAGAGUACCUUUAAAUAUAUAUGGAUGAAGAAGGGAGUUCUUCGUGUACGCAAAGAAGGGCAGAAUGAAAAACCUAUCAUCAUCCACUCUAUAAAUGAUAUUAAACAGCUGAGAGAAUAA